AUGGCUAGAAGACCAGCUAGAUGUUACAGAUACUGUAAGAACAAACCAUUUCCAAAAUCUAGAUACAACAGAGCUGUGCCAGAUGCCAAGAUCAGAAUUUAUGAUUUAGGUAGAAAGAAGGCUGCUGUUGAUGAAUUCCCAUUGUGUGUCCACUUGGUCUCUAAUGAGUUAGAACAAUUGUCAUCCGAAGCUUUGGAAGCUGCUCGUAUCUGUGCAAACAAAUAUAUCACCAAGAUCUCUGGUAGAGAUUCUUUCCACUUGAGAGUCAGAGUUCACCCAUUCCACGUCUUGCGUAUUAACAAGAUGUUGUCAUGUGCAGGUGCUGAUAGAUUGCAACAAGGUAUGAGAGGUGCUUGGGGUAAGCCUCAUGGUUUGGCUGCUAGAGUUUCUAUCGGCCAAAUUAUCAUGUCUGCUAGAACCAAGGACUCUAACAAGGAUGUCAUUAUUGAAGGUUUGAGAAGAGCAAGAUAUAAGUUCCCUGGUCAGCAAAGAAUCAUUAUUUCCAAGAAAUGGGGUUUCACACCUUUGGAUAGAGAGGAAUACAUUGCUAAGAAGACUAACGGUGAAGUCAAGGAUGAUGGUGCCUACGUCAAGUUCUUGAGCAAGAAGGGUCCUUUAGAAGAAAACUUGAGACAAUUUCCUGAUUACCAGUAUGAAGCUUAA